AUGAAUCUCCGUGCCCAGUGUUAUGACGGCGCCGCGAAUAUGUCCGGCAAGUAUAAUGGUGUGCAGGCAAAAAUAUUAGAGCAAUCACCAGAAGCUUCCUACAUCCACUGCAAGGCACACCAACUAAAUAUUGCACUCGUUCAUAGUAGUAAGGAACUUUGUGUUAGAAACAUGAUGUCGACUGUACAAGAAAUUGCAUUCAAAUUUGAUUAUUCGGCUAAAAGCUUGACUGCUUUCACUGAAGAACUGUCAGAAAAUGAAAACGUUCAAGACCAACUAGAACGCCGAACAAAAUUGAGAACACUGUGUGAAACUCGUUGGUCAAGCCGGGCAGAUUCGCUGUAUACAUUUCGAACAGCAUUUGAAGUUGUUGUCUCUUCCCUGAAUUCACUUAAAGACGACAACGAUGACAAAGCAGCACAGAGUAUGAAUGCGAUACUUCGAUUUGAAUUUAUUAUUAGUCUUGUUGUUGCUGAACACAUAUUGAGCGCAACAGUCGCCUUGACAAAUUACUUACAGAAAACCGAUAUUGAUUUGAUUGAAUCUUUGACAGAGGCUGAAAUUGUAAUUCAAAGGCUUUCCGAUGAAAGAGGUGAUGAUACAGUUUGGGAGUCCUUGUUUGCAAGAGCAACAUAUAUUGCAGCAGAACACGAUAUCCAGCCAUCAGUUCCGCGUGUGGCUGGACGUCAACGACACAGAGCUAACCAUCCAAUUCUUGAGCCGUCAGACUAUUGGAGCCUCAGAGUUUCGUUAUACUACGUGUUUCUCGACCACUUGGUUGCCAAGAUUACAAAGCGGUUGAUUAGCAACGAGGAACGCUUCCUUUCCUCUUAUUUCAUUCCGGCCAAAUUAGGGAACUUGACUCCAGAAAAAGCAGACAAAAUCUACAACUCCUACCGUUCGGAUUUAGGUGAAAAAAAAAGAAUUUGA